AUGGAUUUGCCCCUUUCUCUGCCUCCUCGAAUGCAAAUGGUUACAACAUAUUUAAAGGAGGUCAAACACUCGACCGAUGAGUUGCGACUUUGGAAAAGUAGAAGCAGCUGCAUACAUUGGUUGCCUUUUGCCCUAAUGGGAGUUGAAAGAGCCACGCCUGCCCCCCACGGCAGAUUGCCCCCAGCUGGUCCUGUCUUCAGGACCAUGACGUGUGGCUGCUGGGCACUGCGAGCCCCGCGCACUAAAAGGCUCAGCGAAAGGGAGGUUGGAGGAAAUCCGCGCCAGCAGGGGGACCCCGAGUCCACGCCUCGCGGUACGCAUGCGCACAGCCGCUUGCCGCCUGCCUCUUUCCCGGCCGCGCGAGUUCUGAGAGCUGCGUCUGCUGUCCGGGGCCUCGGGAGCUUUGCCAAACCUGAAUUUUUUCAUUCAAGUGCUCCCUACAAGAUCCCAGGGACAGCAGUCAUCACUACUACAGCAGGCUCUGCACCCAGCACGUCGAUCCUGCUGUGGGUGGCUGAUCCUGGUUGUGCAGGAGCUGGCUUUCCCGGUGACUCCUGCAUGUCUGCUACUUGUCUGCUGAGAGCCAGCAUUCAGCUUACCUUUUGGAGAUUUUAUUCCAGUUUGGUUCUAUCUGAGAGAAGACUGAGACGUCCACUCCAGUGCUCUCCAGCACAACUGGUAUGUCUGUUUCUUUACUUAGCACUUAUCGCUUCUAACAUAGUAAGAUGUACUUAUUUACUGUGAUAAUUGUG